AGAUAAAGCCGUGCAGACUGCACGCAGCAAAAGCGUCAAGCAGCAGCCAAUCAACGAACUCUGCUGCUUGACGCUUGCUACGUGCAGCCUACAGUAAGGCCUGUUCUUUUUAGCUGAACUGGUUGUACUAAUUUAGAGUUUAUCUUUCUUCUUUCAACGUGAAGGGAAUAAUAUUUAUUCAACAAAAAUAAGACAUGCCGAAAGUACGACGAAGCAAGAAGCCGCCACCAGAUGGUUGGGAGCUGAUCGAACCGACACUUGAAGAAUUGGAGCAAAAGAUGCGCGAAGCCGAGACGGAGCCUCACGAAGGCAAGAGAAAGCAGGAAUCGUUAUGGCCGAUAUUUAAAAUUCAUCAUCAAAAAUCUCGAUAUAUUUACGACUUGUUUUACAGGAGAAAGGCUAUCAGUCGCGAAUUAUACGACUACUGCUUGAAUGAAAAUAUUGCUGACAAAAACUUGAUUGCCAAGUGGAAGAAGGUUGGUUAUGAAAACUUGUGUUGCCUGCGCUGCAUUCAGACAAGGGACACAAACUUUGGCACAAACUGUAUCUGCAGAGUGCCAAAGGGUAAGCUUGAGGAAGGCCGGAUAGUAGAGUGCAUACAUUGCGGUUGCAGAGGCUGCUCUGGUUGAGUGUGACGCCUUCCCAUACUCAAUAUUCACUCGUAACACGUGAGUAUUUUUCCGGAAGGCAGAGAUCAUAAUGACCGUACCAAAACGCAUUCUCGGCAGACGCAUCAGUUUCUCGUCACCGUCCAUGAAGAUUUUGCCUUGAUGUGUGAUCAUCAGUGAUGCUGCUCUCUUCAGAGUGUCGUGACUACCUUGCGGAUCAUAAACUAAUGCAAUACCUUCGUUGUCAUUUCCUUCUUGUGGAACUUCUAAAAACUGUGUAUGAUAGGUAAAUUAAAACGUAGGCAAAAAAAAUGUAAAUAAAAUCAUUGUGUACAAUUACCUUGAAUUCAAUUAUAUGAUUUGCAUCAAA